UGCAAAUUCUUUCACUUUAGUCAAAAGCCACACUGCCCCCCUAUGGGCCCCACUCUUCCCCACACACACACACACCACAUUUUCUCCAUCCAAUUUCUCCAUCAUCACCAACAGAUUUGAGAUUCCUCCAUCAAUCACCAGCACGAAUUGCUGCUAUAUUUCAUCAUCUUCAAACGCUCAUCAUUGCAUUUCUCCAACUGUAAAGCCACCAAAGGUACGAAACCCUAGAUCCGCCAUUUUUACACGCUUUUAAGCUUUUUUCUUCAUAUAUUCUGCAUAUUUCAUUCACAAUUGUCAACAAUUGAGAGCAAUUGAGAGUAUUAGUAUUAACAAUCAGCAAUCAACGAACAACGAACAUUAUGCCUUCACGGCAACCUGCUUUUACGCAUCAACAAUCAACGAAACACAGAGCGACGUUCAUCUUCAUUAUAAUAACCGUUUUUUCUUCAGUUUUGAUACUGUUUGGAGUUAUAUACUUGAUCUACUACGUAUAUUACUCGUUGAUUCAUCGUUCACGUACUAGUCCGCUCAAUUCAUGUCCUGUGUUCCUAAAACUACGUCGUUUCACCUACAAAGAGCUCGUUUCCGCCACUAACGGCUUCUCCGAUGAUAACUUCAUCGGAAAAGGCGGUUCCGGUACCGUGUACCGCGGUAUCCUCCGUAACGGAAAACUCGUUGCGGUUAAACUGCUUGAUUCCGAUUCGUUAGACGCUGAUCGUGAGUUUCAGAACGAGUUAAGGAUUCUCGGUGGAUUAGAGUCGCAAUUUGUUGUUUCGUUGUUAGGUUAUUGUGUUGAUAAACGGAAACGAGUUGUGGUUUAUGAGUACAUGCCGAAUCGGAGUUUACAAGAGUCGUUGUUUUCCGAUCGGAGCUUGUGUUGGAACAGAAGGUUUGAGAUUAUUCUAGAUGUUUCUAGAGCUCUUGAGUUUCUUCACCGUGAGUGUGAUCCGCCGGUGAUUCACGGCGACGUGAAACCUAGCAAUGUUUUGCUUGAUGCAGAGUUUCGUGCGAAGAUUUCCGAUUUCGGAUUAUCGCGGUUGAAGAUUGAGCCGGAGUUCGGUGUUGAUUUGUUCAGUCAGGAUUUGUCUGGAACAGUUGCAGGAGCCGGUACCGGUGCCGGAGAGUCGCCGGCGAUCGGAACUCCGGUGGAGAGUAGUACGGAGGUUGAUUUUGCUCUUGCGUUACAAGCUUCUUCGUCUUCUACACCGAUAAACAGUAAGGUUGUUUGUAACCGUUUGAAAGGGCUAGGGUUAGGGUUUACGGAUGAAAAAGGGAAGGAUGUUUCAGUUAGUCACAUUCAGAAUGAAUUCACUAAGUAUGAUAAUGAUGAUUCAUGUCAUAAUUUUGAUAAUAAUCAUGUCAGAGAGUCGAAUUCGAAUGCGAAUGAUUCGAAUUCGAAUCCUGUUGAUGGGCGUAAAAGUUGUAAGAAACAAUGGGGAAAAGAUUGGUGGUGGAAACAGGAUGGUAGCGGUGAGCUUUCGUCAAAAGAUUAUGUUCAGGAAUGGAUCGGAAGUCAGAUCUGUCCGACGGCGAAUGCAGAAUGGGACGAUGAUAAAAAUUCCGAAAAACGGGAGUUUGAUCAGUCACCGAAGUUAAACACUUGUAACGAGAACAAAACUUCCGGACAUGAAGAACAUGAAGAGCAUAGAGGGUGGAAACAGCAUAGGAAAAUGCAAGAGUGGUGGAAGGAAGAACAUCUUGAUGAACUCACUAAUAAGCGGGUCGAAAAGAAGAUUAAACGAAGAUUCAAACUCAAAAUCUUUCGAUGGAAACGGAAAGCGAACAGGCAUGAUCACAAAUCGGAGAUCAGUUUUAGGAAGAAUUCAAAGAACACUGAAAUGUAUAGUGGCGAUGUGUUUAGUCGAGAAUUAAGCAGCACGACGAGUAUGAGGGGAACACUUUGCUAUGUGGCACCGGAAUAUGGUGGCUGCGAGUACUUGAUUGAAAAAACCGACAUCUACAGUUUUGGGGUAUUGAUUCUCGUGAUUGUUUCGGGUCGCAGGCCAUUACAUGUACUUGCUUCGCCGAUGAAGCUUGAAAAGGCGAAUUUAAUAAGCUGGUGCCGCCAACUAGCUCAUGGUGGCGAUUUACUGGAACUCGUGGACGAGAGACUGAAAGACGAUUAUAACAAACCUCAAGCGAUUUUGUGUGUGAAUUUGGCUCUUGCUUGUCUACAAAAGAUGCCAGAGUUGCGGCCGGAUAUCGGGGAUAUUGUCAAGAUUUUGAAAGGGGAAAUGGAGCUUCCAGUGGUUCCGUUUGAGUUUUCUCCAUCGCCGCCUUCGAAAUUGGUUGGAAGAUCAAGAUCUCGGAGGAAGAGCAGAACGAAUGCCGAUUAACGGAUUCCACGUUAGUGUUUAGCAAGAUGAAUGCAUAAGUCUUCGUAGGGUGGCGUAGUGGUAAGCACUUGUGUUUUUUCUAACAAAAAUCUUAGUGUUUUUACCGGUUUUUUGCCUUUAACCUUGGAAGGUCAUUUUCGGGCCUCAUGAGUUAUCGGUAACGGGUUCUCAUGAUACAGAGGGUGUAGCUUGAUAUAGAAGAUGGGGUAUAGGGAAAUGGCAUGGUUCUUAAUUUGAUUGAAGGUGUUUGUGUGUUAUUAUUGCAUUUGUGUAUAUAUUGUAGGGUUAGAGUUUGGAUUAAUUUGUAAGAUUAUUAAUCAUCAUAUUCAAUUGAGGGAUAAGGGAUGUUAUGGAUUUUAUAAAUGUUAUACAAGUUAAUUCAUUUGAUGAA